AUGACCGAGUACAAACUGGUGGUGGUCGGAGCAGGCGGAGUGGGGAAAAGCGCGCUGACCAUCCAGCUCAUCCAGAACCACUUUGUGGACGAAUAUGAUCCCACCAUCGAGGAUUCUUACCGAAAGCAGGUGGUGAUAGACGGUGAGACCUGCCUGUUGGACAUCCUGGACACGGCUGGACAAGAGGAGUACAGCGCCAUGAGGGACCAGUACAUGAGGACCGGGGAGGGCUUCCUCUGUGUGUUCGCCAUCAACAACAGCAAGUCGUUUGCAGACAUUAACCUCUACAGGGAACAGAUUAAGCGAGUGAAGGACUCCGAUGAUGUUCCGAUGGUGCUCGUGGGAAACAAGUGUGACUUACCAACAAGGACAGUGGACACAAAACAGGCCCAUGAACUGGCCAAGAGUUACGGGAUUCCAUUCAUCGAAACCUCAGCCAAGACCAGACAGGGUGUUGAAGAUGCCUUUUACACACUGGUGAGAGAGAUCCGUCAGUACCGGAUGAAAAAACUCAACAGCAGCGAUGACGGGACCCAAGGCUGCAUGGGGCUGCCCUGUGCGGUGAUGUAA